AUGAGCGGUACACACAAGUUCUACACGCUCCCGGAGCCUUCUGCUCGCAACGGAUUCUCGUCGCUGAAGCUCAAGGAGGGACCCAUCCCGAAGCCUGAGGCGAACGAAGUUCUGAUCAAGGUGCACGCGGUUUCGCUCAACUAUCGCGAUCUGAUCAUCGCCAAGAAUGGGUAUCCUCUGCACCUCAAGCAAGGCGAGCUGAUUCCAGCUUCGGACGGAGCUGGUGAGGUGGUUUCGGUGGGCGAAAAGGUGACCCAGUGGAAACAAGGUGAUCGUGUGGCUGGUAUCUUUACACAGGCACACCAGCAUGGUUCGACACCGGACAAGGAAGAGGUCAAGACGGCUCUCGGCGGUAGCAUUGAUGGUAUGCUUGCUCAGUACGUCGCUUUGUCCGAGACCGGAAUCGUGCGCAUUCCUUCGCACCUUUCUUACGAGGAAGCUGCCACGCUGCCGUGCGCUGCUCUGACCGCCUACAAUGCUCUGUAUGGGAUUCCCACACAGCAGCUGCGCGCUGGCGAUACUGUGGUCGCUCAAGGCACCGGUGGUGUUAGCAUCUUUGCGCUCCAGCUCGCGGUAGCUGCGGGCGCCAAGGUAGUCAUCACCUCGUCAUCGGACGACAAGCUCCAGAAAGCGAUUUCUCUCAUCCCGCAAGCCCAGCGUCACCUCGUCACCACGGUCAACUACAAGACGAAUCCAGACUGGGACAAGGUCGCCCUCGACGUAACCAACGGAGUCGGCGUCGACCACAUCGUCGAAGUGGGCGGACCAGGCACCCUUGAAAAGGCAUUCAAUUCAAUCAAGCGCGGCGGCGUGAUUUCUACGAUCGGCUUCGUCGCCCAAGGCGACGCUCCCAAUGUCGCCUACCUCGCGCUCACCACCGGCGCCCACUUCAAAGGCAUCCUCGUAGGCUCGCGAGACCAGUUCGAACACAUGAAUCGCAUUUUCCAAACUCACAACAUCAAACCCCUCGUCGACAAAGUCUUCCCCUUCGAAAACGCCCAAGACGCCUACGAAUACCAGUGGAGCCAGGCGCACGUCGGCAAAGUCGUUAUCAGCGUCUCGUAA